GGAGAAUUGAUACAUCACGGAGAGCUGUCUCACGGCAACAAGUUCGCGCGAUCCAAUGCUCCUCGUUCCUUCUCGGAGAAUAUCUUUGACUCGGCAGGAAAUCUAAGAAGUUAAAGAACGUGAUGAGAUCGAAGGGAGGUGGGGGGAAAUGAGAAAGAUCGAGGGGGAUUGUGUUUCAGGUUAGCGGGGAGUAAACCAGUAAACUCGUCAACAUACAUCCGUCAACGCUCGCAGGGAAUGCGACUUGUGUGACUCGCGAUUCUUUUUAACGCGAACGAAUUGAAUAGUCACGAUCGAUGACAUCAUUUUAACGUCGAUAUAAGCGUAUAAAUGCACGCGGAGCCCGUCGUUAGUUCGGACUUGUCGUGAGAAUCCCGGUCACUCGAUAUGCUCUCGCACACUUUGCUCGUCAACACCGGUAACGUACUUUCCUUGAGCGAGGCAAGGCAGAAGGCGAGUCAGAAUUCCACGGAUGAGUUGAUCGAGACGCUGAAGAUUGUCCUGAACGAUGCACAAUGCAAGGGGGAUGACGCAACAGUUAUUAGUGGAAAGAGGGACACAAGUUUACAAGAUGAAGAUAGAAAAGACUUAAAGAUCACUGUAAAAAUAUUUAUCUCGUCUCCUGAUGUUAGUUCGUUGAAGGAGGCGUUAGAUCAAGCAUUUGAAGCAUUAUGUACAAACACCAUAGAAUCUUUAGUAAUAGCUUACAAAAGUGCCGAGAGUCCAGAAGAUAUGCUAUUAUCGUUAAAAAAGAUAUGGUCUGUGGUGGAAGAAUACGUAAAAAUUGAUAAAUUAUGCAGCGUUGGAUUGAGUGACAUCAACACAAACACUUUUAUUGAAUUGUUCCAGUGGGCUGACAUAAAACCAAACAUUGUACAGAUUAAUUUAGCUACAUGUUGUGUGGUGCCACCAGCAUUGCAGGAAUUCACCAAGGAAAAUGAUAUUCAGCUGCUAACGCAUAGUGAUCCCAGUCAGAUUCUUCCCCAAGAAGUGUUAGAGAACAUAUUUGGUACUUCUGUCUAUUUGCAGUGGCUGAUAAGAUAUCAAAUUCACCUCAAAUGUCGUGGAAUUUUAUCGUCAAAAGGAUACUUACUACGCAUUAAUAAGUCAAAUGUUAAAUCUUAACGUCAGUAGUAUUACUAAAAAUGAUUUCUAUUCCUAGUAUUUCUAUUUGUUGCUGCACAAGUUAAUAUUUUAAAGUUACAUAUCUCUAUAUUAACAUGUUUUACAUUAUCUAAAUUUAAAUUUCUUUGAGUAAAAUUUCAAUUAAAAAAAUGGAGUGAUUAUCAAUUAACUCAAGUUUUAGUGCAUUUCAGUAAUUUUUCAUUCAUAUGGAGUGAAUUCUUUUACUCUGUGAAGUGAAAUGAAUGGUUUCACUUGUAAUUAUAAAAAAUAAAUCUGAUAUGUCUAUGUCAUAAUUGGAAAUAAUGUAACACUAAGAAAGAAGAUUGCUCGACGCGAGUUGCACUUGUUUGUCGUCGUGCUAUCAUAAUGAUAUGAUUUUCUUUACGUUAACAUAAGUUUACUGUUACGUAUGAAUUUAAAUUUAAGAUCUGUAGAGUGAAUUUGUUUAUAACGAUGGAAUAAAAGAUUCUGUAAGAAAAAAUGAAAAAUUUAUUCAAUUAGAGUGAAUUUUUUACUUUUUCUUAAAGUAAGUUUUUAUGUUGACGUAUUACUCUAAUAAAAUAAAAUAUUUACUAUGAACGAAUGAAAAUUACUUUUUCAUUGGAAGUAAACAUUCAUUCUUAUAAAAAGUGCAAUUUCAAUCUGUUCUUAGUGGUAGUAUUUUCAUUAUUGAUUAGAGUGAAUUUUCACUCAUUUUGAGUGAGACUUUAUUCAAAGAAAUUUAGAGAACACUUUUUAAUUUAUGAUUAAAUUUUUUUAACAUUGUAUAUAAUUUUACUUAAGGCUUUAAUAGCACUACGUUAUGCAUUUUACUUUUAUUGACUAGCUCUUACACUAGUAGUUUUUGUAUAAAUUUUGUAUACAUUUUUAUAGCAUAGCGUACGUAGACACGCAUUUUUUUAGCUUCACAAUAACUUUCUCAAUAGUUUAACUGUUGUAAACUAUUUGAGAAAUAAAUCAAUGCAAUUUCAUGAAAAGGAAAAGAA